GUUCCCAGAAUGCUUUGGUCCUGGAGGUGUCUGAGGGGGCGGAGUCAGUCCUGCUGCCCUGCAGGGCCUCCUCUCCAUAUAAGGGCGAGACGGUGACAUGGAGAAACUCCGCCCUCAGUCCUGCGACGGUCUACAUCUGGACCAACGGCUCGUCUGCAGACCUCCUCAAAGACCAGAACCGCCGGUACCAGAACCGGACCACCCUGAACCGGGACGCUGUGCUGGCAGGAGACUACAGCCUGACCCUGAGGAGACCCGAGGUCUGUGACAGCGGGACCUACACCUGCUCUACCUCGGACCAGGGAUCCACGCCGCAGGCCGUGGAGCUGCAGGUCAAAGGUUCAAACCCGUUUCCAGCCGUGGCCCAGGUUCUGCUGGCUGUCCUGGUUCUGGGCCUGGUUCUGGUUGUUGGACUGUUGCUGUGGAGGAGAUGCACCAAAGUCCCACAGGUGGAGGUGGAGUCAGGGGCGGAGUCUGUCCUGCUGCCCUGCAGAACCAAACUCCACCUGCCUGCAGACGCCACAGUGGAGUGGAGGGACCUGUCCGGCAGGAACGUCCACGUGAAGGAAGGCGGUUGUCACCAGCAUCAGGACCAAUGCAAGUUCUACAGAAACAGAACCAGCAUGAAGGACGGCGGCCUGAAGGGCAGAGACCUGAGUCUGACUCUGACGCGUCCCACGGAGAGGGACAGGGACGUCUACAGCUGCAGCGUCUACAGCAGGAACGGACGCGUCCUGAUGAGGAGACGGGUGGAGCUCAGGGUCAGAGCGCUGCUGUCGUCUGUCCAACUCAUCCUGUCCUCUGUUGUCCUCUCAGUCCAACAGGUGGAGGUGGACUCAGGGGUGGAGUGUGUCCUGCUGCCGUGCUACAGUGCUGUCCCCCUUCCAGAGGACGCUACGGUGCAGUGGGUGGACAGAGGACAGAGGAAGGUCCAUGUGAACGAGGACGGCUUUGAUCAUCCGGAGGAACAGGACCCUUUUUACGAGAACAGAACCCAGAUGAAGGAAGACCUGCUGCGAAGCGGAGACCUCAGUCUGACCCUGAGACACCCCACAGACGAAGACAGCAACGUCUACACCUGCAGCGUCUACAACAGGGAGAGGAAGAUCCUGAUGAAGAAACAGGUCCAGCUGAAGGUCAAAGCUUCAUCUCAUCUUCUGGUGUCCUCAGAAUACACGGUGGAGGUGGAUUCAGAGGCAGAGUCCGUCCUGCUGCCCUGCAGAACCACGCCCCACCUGCCAGAAGACGCUAGGGUGGAGUGGACGGACAGAGACGGCGGGAAGGUCCACGUCUACCAGACCGGUUCUGAUCGUCCUGAGGAGCAGGAUGAGCUCUACAGAUACAGAACCAGGAUGAAUGUGGACCCCCUGAGAACAGGAGACCUCAGUCUGACCCUGAAACCCCCCACAGAUGGAGACUCCACCACCUACACCUGCAGCGUCUACAGCAGGGACGGAGACAUCCUGAUGAAGAAACAGGUCCACCUCCAGAUCAAAGGCCAACAGGUGGAGGUGGAGGAGGGGGCGGAGUCUGUUCUACUGCCGUUCAGAACAACACCUGAUCUACCUGGAGAUGCCAGAGUAGCCUGGGGUCACAACAAACCCGAACUAGUGAUGUUGGUCCAUGUGUACGAGAACGGCUCGGAUCAGCUGACCAAACAGGACCAGCUUUACAGAAACAGAACCGAGAUGGACGAAGACCCGCUGAAAACCGGGGACCUGAGCCUGACCCUGAGGCGGCCCUCAGAGAGGGACAGUGGAGUCUACCGCUGCGGGGUCUGGAGGGAGGAAACACUGCUGAGAGAGAAAACUUUCCUGCUGAAAGUCAAAGGGAGAGCUUCAGUCCAGAAUCAAAGCCUAUCAGGAACUGAUGUUGCUCCCCUCCUCUGACUCCUCAUCAGGCUGCCUGACCUGUUUGCUGAAAGAUCGUCCAUUAGCAACACAACAGGACUUUGGAUUGGAGGGAAAGCUGGGGAACUAAUAAGCUCUGGGUUCUGACCCAGUUUCAGACUCUAGUCUGAUCAGUUUGGAUCAGGAAUGAAUUAGUUUCAUGAAGUAUAUCUAAGCUGAAACUGAAGGGAAGAAGUUAUCAGACGGAGGUAAGUGAAGGUAAACAAACAA